GACUCUCAUGCACUUGUACAGUGCACUUUCAGUACUUUGUGAUACUCUCUGCUCCUCUUACAACGCCUCAGUCGGUGUCACUCGUUUAGCUGUAUAUUCUUCUCCGGCGUCGGGUGCAUUCAUUCCUCGGACCCGCCAUGUCGUCCGCAUCCAAUCCGAUCGACAUCACGGAUUCUCAUGAAGAGAACCUACCCGCUGCGUCUCGAGACUCAACACACGCACUUCCGGACACGCCGCCCUCCACCUCCUCGGGGUAUGACGGCUCCCGAGAGACGCCCCAGCGGCGCAGUCGGGAGAUGCCAGAAAUUGUCAUAGGAAGGGGAAGCGAAGACGCUGCAGGCCGGUCGGGAGGGGAGACCGAUGAUGCGAAGGAGGAGAAGGACGAGGCGCCUGUGAUGAGCAAGCUCGGACUGCACGUUGCACCCCCGACCAUUCUGCCCCCCAGCCCGCCGCUCACGCGCGUCGGCACGAACGAGAGCGAGAAGCCCGAGCAGGAGCAGGAGCGCAAUGCGGGGCAUCACUUGGAGGAGUCGGAGGCCACGCACUGGGAUAGGAACGGCAAUAGCGGGGACGGCCUAGUCAAUAUCAAGGACGUGCUGGCCGAGGGGGGCGAGGAGGACGAGGCGACGCGCGUGGGGACGUGGACGUCGAAGCGGCAGCGCAGGAUCAGCGAGCACCCGCUGCAGCUGGACCUGAAGCCGCCGAGCCCGGUGCCGUGGGAGGUGUUCGACCCGCCGACGACGGCGACGGCGAGCGUGAAGCACAGCCGGGCGCAGAACCGGACGGACGGCGAGCGGACGCUCAUCCCCAAGUCAUCGUAUUACUUCGGCCCUCCGCCGCCCACAUCUGCGUAUGGGACCGACCCCAUAGGCCAGAUAGGCGUCCACUUCCCGAGGGAAGUGUUACGCAUCGAGCGCGACUACUCCGGGGGCGAGCUGAUCCAGUUUUCCCUCACGUACCCACUCGAGCUGGAAGGCCGGAUAACGCCGACGCAGUUCCUGGAGACCAUGAACGCGAUCAACGAGCUGCUCAUCUCAGCGUACAGCCUGCGGCACGCGUUCGUCGACAACGCACUGGCUGUCUUCAGCCUGCAGUUGUCCAGGCUGUUUUUCAAGUCGCACUACGAAAAGGAAAUGGAGCGGCUACAGCGUACGAUCAACCAUUUCAAUGAAGAGCUGUAUAACCCCGUCGGGCUGAACAUCCUCUGGCCGAGGAAGGUCGCUUUCCUCUUCCUUGAGAUCGAGUACUAUUGAUACCCCCACCAUGCCUUGGUUAUUAGGGCUUUUUGGGACGGUCGUUAUUUAUUGUGGAUUACCCACUAUCUUAUAUUAUCAUGUAGUAUCUAAUCUCGCCUCUUGCGUUGCAACAGACCCGAGCCACGCGGUCUGGUUGUUUCAUGACCAGGAAUGUGAAGUUGCCUCUACCGAGAUCCAAGGGUACCUUGUAAAAGAAGCUCA